AUGGGAAAUCUACCAAUUGAACGAGUAACCAUAGCUCGUCCUUUUUUAAAUACCGAAGUAGACUAUGCAGGCCCAAUCAAUUUGCGUACAAGUGGGCUACGAAAAGCACCGCAAAUGAAGGGCUACAUAGCACUUUUUAUUUGUUUUAGUACAAAAGCCAUACAUCUGGAACUAGUUACCAGUUUGACAACCGACGCAUUUAUAGCUGCUUUGAAACGUUUUAUCUCGCGCAGAGGCAAAUGCAGUAAAAUUUUUUCUGACAAUGGUACAAAUUUCAUAGGCGCUAGGCAUGAGUUACAUAAGCUGUAUAAUUUGUUUAAAAAUGAGCAUAGUAGAAACGAGGUGAUUAACGCGGCUGCCGUAGAGGGCAUUGAGUGGAAAUUUAAUCCACCCCACGCACCACACUUUGGUGGUUUGUGGGAAAGCGCGGUAAAAUUAAUUAAGCAUCAUUUGCGAAGAGUAGUGGGAGAAACUUGUCUAACUUACGAAGAAUUUUCCACGGUUUUAACCCAAAUAGAAGCAAUAGUUAAUUCAAGGCCAAUUACAAGUGUUUUUGAUGAUAGUAAUGAACCCACGUUUUUAAGUCCCGGACAUUUCUUGAUAGGUGAAGCACUUACCGCAUUUCCGGAACCCAGCUUAAUCGACGUAACGUUAAGUAGAUUAUCACUUUGGCAACAACUUAAUCAAUUAAAAGAUAAAUUUUGGAAACGUUGGUCCAUAGAGUAUCUCGGUCAGCUUCAGAGUCGUUACAAAUGGAAAACUUCCUCAAAAAAUUUAAAAGUGGACGACAUAGUUCUUUUAAAGGAAGAUAAUUUACCUCCAUUAAGCUGGUUACUGGGUCGCGUUAUAGGCACUGCAAUCGGCAAAGAUAAAAAUGUGAGAGUAGCUACAGUAAAAACAAAAAAUGAUAUAUUUAUAAGGCCAAUUGUUAAAUUGUGCCCUUUACCAGUAGAAGAUGUAGAAUAG